AUGAACAAGGGCAUUCGGUAUGAGAUCAAGAGCAACGGAGAGGUGCAUGUAGCUCACCUGGACAGACGUCAGAUUGAACGCCGAUGUGACAAGGUGCCAAACGUGGGGGAUCAACUCGUUCGUAUUGGAAGGAAGCUGGUUCCCGCCCUUGUGGACGAAGAAACAAUCAACAAGAUCAUACAGGAGGAGAGCCAAGCGCAGACUGAACUAAGACUCGUCUUCAGGACUGACCAGCUGCAAGAGUACCGCACAGUACUUGAUACCUCGUCCUGGGAAGCGCCAUUGCCUGACGCAGCAGUGGAGCAGGAUGAACGAAAUGUACAAGAGGACACGCCUGCUGCUUUCGAUUGCUUGGAAGAAGUUGAAGAGGAUGCUGCUAGCAGUGAGGCAUCUGAAACGGUCCAGGAGCUCAAGGAUCAGCUGCGGCAAGCUCAUGCUACCAUAGAGCAACAAGAGCUGAUGAUGGAACGGCAGAAGGAGGAAUAUGAAGAGGAGCUGUCUGCUCUGAGAGAGGAAUCUUUCAAGCGCGUGCAGCACAUGCAGGAUGAGAUCUCUCAUCUGAUGGUAGAGAAUGCUUCCAUGAGAAAAGACCUCGAGCAGAUGAACGAGACGUUCCGCACUGCCCUGUCGCUGAGGAGCAGUUUUUCGUCGAUGAGCCCUUGCGAGAAGAGCAAAGAAAGUUUCGACUACAUCAACAACAAAGUCUACUAUAUCAGACUUGAAGACGGACGUGAACUUAGUGUUGAUCCUGAAACAGGAAAAUUGAUAGAUUCCACGAGCUUGAUCCUUCUCUAG